GAUUGAUUUUCAAAGAAAGAAAGAAAGUCAUCUCGAGAGAUGAAGAAGCUGCUGAUACACGUACUCGUGCCAGUUUCUUUUCGGUGAAGAUUUUAGUUUUUCUCCAAGCUUGCUGUUUCAGCAAUCACAUAGCUAGAACUCCUUGAAGAAUAAGGAUCAGUGCGAUCUCUGUUGUUCGACUGGCGUCUUCCACCUUAGUUCGCCAACAUGUCGAAGGUAUCCUUCAAAAUCACGCUCACGUCAGAUCCAAAGCUGCCUUUCAAAGUACUCAGCGUGCCGGAGCCGACUCCCUUCACGGCCGUACUGAGAUACGCGGCAGAGGAGUUCAAAGUGCCGCCAGCAACCAGUGCUAUCAUUACUAACGAUGGAAUUGGUAUCAACCCACAGCAAACAGCCGGCAACGUAUUUCUUAAGCAUGGAUCCGAGCUGAGAUUAAUACCCCGGGAUCGCGUUGGCCACGCAGCAUCAGCAUAGACUCCAAACCGUACAUGCACACGUAACACAUACGCACGACAUGCACUGCACCACUUUAGCUGCCACCAUAAUUAUAUAUUUUUCAAUACUUUCCGUUCUCAUCUAAAAAGGUAUUGGCUGUGAUAAUAUAUAAUUGCUGCUGCUGCCGCUGCUAGGAGCAUUGUCAUGAUUAAAUCAAGCGUCGAGACAUUAGUGAUUUUUCUCAGCUACUACGACAAAAUACAGUGUUGCUCAAUGAAAUCCAAUGCCGUGAAAAAGUGCACAGCACGGGGCCCGGAGCUGCGAGGCGUUCGGAGCGCUCCGACGGAUUCCAUUGGGCAGCACUGUAGCUCCACAUUCCGAGCACAUCUGCGCAUGUGCCCGCCGUGCUUGGCAACUUGAUUCGCAUGCCGCGUCAUGCUGUGUACAGUCAACUCUUGUUUUCCGGUUUGAGAGUGUGUCCCCAUAUGGCUGUUUUUCUUCUGUUCAAAUUGUAAAUGGAAAGUGUUCAAGUCUCCUAAAGAUCA